GUGCUUAAGUGGUCUUGAAGAAGCAAUGUAAUGUCGUAGUGGGUCUCUUCACAAUGCCUAUGAUUUGAUAUAAAAGCCCUUUGUUGUUGCUAUCAUUAUGAGCUCCGCUCUAAUAAAGGUUAUGUUGAUGGUCUCAACGCAUCGUUCAAGACUUUGACACGACUCAAAUCAUGUUUGUUCUCCACAGGAUCAUUGGAUUAUCCACUAUUCUUUUCACGGCAGUCUCUAGUCAAUAUCUUUCCCUAAACUCUGGUAGCCUGAAUGCCAGACUCAAUUCUACGAGUCAGACACUUGCAUCUUUGGUCCCAAAGUCCUUGACAACAUUCGAUUUCUCUCCUUUCGAUCUUCUUUCACAGAGAAAUGCAAACGGAAAUUAUCAUGUUGGUGAUAUAACACUCAGGUAUCGAGCUGUUGGAACCAAUUCAUGGAUCAGUGUCGAUUCCGCUGUAGCUAGAAAUGCGGUGACUUCCACUGGUGCCACUUCCGCAAAUCUCGCACCAACCUUACCAUCAAGAAUCCCUUUGGACAUCACGAGAGCUUGGUCCGUUACUGGAGCAGAUGUCAAUCUCAAUUUUACUAUAAUCAACAAAAGUAAUACCAGUAUUGAAAUUGGAGCACUCGGAUUCCCUAUCGAGUUCAAUAGUAUCUUCACAGGUAGAACAGCAGUAGCUACUCAGCAAUUGUGCUCCCUUGUAGAUCCAAACAUUGGCCUUGAUGGUGGCUAUCUCCGCGUAACUCCAUUGUCUGGAACGGGUCCAGCACUUGUAGUGACACCACUGGGACAUACACCCCUCGAAGGAUGGCGGUUUCUGGAAGAAGACACGAACACCGCACUCUACUAUCAAAGCCAAACUUUUGAAGGGUUCUAUUCUUGGGAGACUUAUACCUUAGCAUAUACCCAGAAUGAAUGGAAUGGAACGAGUCCUUGGAAUCCUGGUACAUCAGUAGUGCUCACGGCAGGCCAAUCGAUUACCAAGGGAUUGAGGUUUUCUGCUUCGAGUAGUAUCAGCAAUAUCGAAACCACUGUAGCAAACACAGGAACUCCUAUUGCUAUUGGCGUACCGGGAUACAUCAUUCCCCAGAAGUGUUUCUGACGCUCAACAGGAUCUUACAGCUCAGUUAUUUUUGCAACACAAUUCACCUGUCUCUUCCAUCACAUCAACUCCUGCCGGAGCCUUCACAUUUACUGCUACGACAGCUAAUAAGUAUAACCUCACUCCCAGCCCCUCUGCAUUCGGAAGAGUGCGAGUGACAAUUAAAUAUACUGAUGGACUUGUACAAACGGUGAACUAUGUCAUCACCCUUUCAGCACCCUCAGCUGUAUCUACGCUGGGCACAUUUCUAACAACGAAACAAUGGCUUUCAAAUACCAGUGAUCCCUUCGGUAGAGCACCAUCUGUUAUAUCAUAUGAUCGCUCAGUCAAUGCUCAGGUUCUUCAAGAUCCGAGAGUCUGGAUCUCCGGGUUGAGUGAUGAAGGAGGAGCUGGAUCUUGGCUUUCUGCAACGAUGAAGCAGGCAAUUUCACCCAACGCAGCUGAGGUGACAAAAUUGGAACAAUUUGCUACCCAAACAUUAUGGGGGAAUCUCCAAAACCCUAACUAUAGCGUCAAGAAAAGCGUUUUUUACUACCAGCCUGGUGCUGUUUCUUACAAUUAUCUAUCCUCGAUAAAUUGGGGCAAUUGGUGGAGUUGGAACAAAGCGGACGCGUAUGAUACCGGAAGGACCUACGACUAUGUUCAUGUUACUGCUGCUUACUGGGCUCUUUAUCGAGUUGCUAGGUUUUAUCCUACUCUCGUCACUCGGCAGACCUGGCAAUGGUACUUGAAUCAAGCUUAUGAGACUAUCAUCUAUGCUACCGGUCCAAACACAGGAUACGUCAAUGUAGGGUUGAUGGGCGAGACUGUUUGGGGAUAUGUUUUGCAAGAUCUACAAAAUGAAGGUAAUUCUACUGCAGCGAAUGCAGUUAUAGCUGCGAUGAAAACAAGAGCAAAUUCGUGGAAUAGUGAGGCUGUACCUUUUGGAAGUGAGAUGGCUUGGGAUUCUACUGGGCAGGAGGGAGUUUAUUAUUGGUCCAACUAUUUCGGCUUGACAACUACGGUAACGAAAACAAUUAAUUCGAUUUUGGGGUACAUGCCCACGGUAAGCCAUUGGGCCUGGAAUGGCAAUGCUAGAAGAUAUUGGGAUUUCAUCUACGGAGGUAAAUUAAUGAGAUACGAAAGAAUGGGUCAUCACUAUGGCUCCGGCUUAAAUGCUCUUCCCUUGCUAUCACACUUUGAACAAAACCCCUCUCAGACAUAUUUGCUCAGAGUAGGAUAUGGCGGAACAAACGGACCAUUAUCUAACAUCGACCACGAUGGUUUCGCCUCAGCCGCUUUUCACACCUGGCCCGAUACCAUGGCCUGGGACGGCUACAGCGGGGAUUACGGAUGCAAUUUCUUGGGUCUAGCUUUAGGCUCUGGCGUCUACGUCGUGGAUGAUGCUGCAUUGGGUCUUGUUGCUUUUGGUGGGAUAGUCUCGGGCUCGAGCUCUUCAUGGACUGUAGAGCCGAGAGAUGCGGUGAGGAGGAAAGUAUUCAUCGCACAGCUGGGAUUUAAGUUUACGGUUGAUGCCGCGGCUAUCGAAAGCGUGACACACAAGAACGGAGCGGUGCAGAUUACUAUUGUGCCGAGUGUUAAGACGGUGAGUGAGAUGGCAAUUGCAAGUUCGACGAUUUUGAGAAUCACGAAGACAGCGCAGGUGGGGAAGGUGGGGAGUGCGGUUGUGGCUGGUUUGAGUGCUUUGAAGGGUGGAUGGGCUGUGGAUCUUAAGGGUGGGAGUGUGGUUGUUUCAGUUACUUUUGCGUAAUGUUUCUAUAAGACUAGAAUACAUGAAAUACUAUUGGUAUCACCUCGGUGGUCAUUAUGAUGUCUUCAUAAUAGAUAUAGUGUAAUACAUCGUAUUGUGUCUA